AAAAAAAGGCGACGACAGGUGUAAAGAUGCUGGAGUAGAAUGUAAAAGAACAGCGGUAACUAAACGAGUCAGGUUACAUGGGGAAAACGCGGCAAAUGGUACUGGUAGUAUUGAAAUCUUCCACGAUGGACGAUGGGGAUAUAUCUUAGAUUAUGGAUGGGAUAUGAGAGAUGGUAGGGUUGUAUGUCGUCAACUCGGUUUUCCCGAUGCUAGAAGGAUUUUGAUAGGAACCGAUCGUGAUCAUUUCGACAGAACAUCUCGACCGUGGUUGAAUGAAGUCGCUUGUACUGGGGAGGAACGUGAUAUAUUUGAUUGUCCUCAAAGAGGUUUCGAAAGUUAUACUCACGAGGAAUACCACAACGCAGGAGUGCAGUGCUCUUCAAAAGAGGGACUUAUUGUGAUAUUCAGUUGUUUCACUCCGGUUAAGCCAAGUAAAGGUGAUAAUUUCGCAUGUGUGUGUAGAGGUGAAGGAGGAAGCGCUGCUGUUAAUGUGACAUGGUAUAAAGAAAACACACAGACUACGGAGACGAAGAAAGAAGAACAAACAUUGGUGCUGGAAAAUGUUGGUGAAACUGACAUGGGAAUAUAUAAAUGCGUAGCUGAGGACAACGAUCGAAAAGACGAGAAAUCAAUUAAUGUGGUACUUCCCCAGAGAAUUACUGCGGUAAUCAACUGCUCCAGCGCUAUCAUAGCAGACGAAGGUGAUAAUUUGACAUGUGUUUGUAAAAAUGGGGGAAUCCCAGCAGCCAACGUGUCGUGGUAUAAAGAAAAUACGCGGAUGGAAACAGAGAUUGGUGAAAGACAAACAUUGGUGUUACGAAAUGUUGUUGAACAAGACAAUGGAAUAUAUAGCUGUGUAGUCCAAAGGCACAAUCUUACAGAACGCAAAUCGAUCAGUCUGAAGGUUCAUCCCGCGCUUCCUGUCAGAUUAAAGGGGCCUUCGAGUGAAAAUGGUACCGGUCGCAUGGAAGUGUUCCUUGAUGGAAGAUGGGGAAGAGUUUGUGAUUUAUAUCAUGAUAACGACCUUACUGUGGUUUUUUGCCGUCAACUUGGUUAUCUUGGUGUUUCUGAUAAAUUUAAUUUUUGGAACGUUCCCAAAGGUUACGAUCCGCCUGUGCCGGUUUAUGAGAUUUUUUGUGAAAAGGAACAUAAAAACAUAGCAAGCUGUAAUUACAGAAUAUAUCGCGACAAAUGCGAAGAUGCUGGAGUAGCAUGUAGAAAAACAGGGGUAACUGAAACUGUGAGGAUGAACGUAGCAUACGAUGGUCUUGGAGGAAGUAUUGAGAUUUUCCACAAUGGACGAUGGGGGUUUAUCUUAGAUAGUGGAUGGGAUAUGAGAGAUGCCAGAGUAGUAUGUCGUCAACUGGGUUACCCAGAUGCCAAAAGGGCUUUACUAGGUGUCGACGUCGAUAAUCCCGAUAAAACUCAGCACCCGUGGUUGGAUAAUGUCGCUUGUACUGGGAAGGAACGUAAUAUACUGGACUGUCCUCAUGGAGGUUUCGAAGAUCAUUCUUUUGAAUUUGAUAGCAACGCAGGAGUACAGUGUUCUUCAAAAGAGGGACCGACUGUGAUAUUCAGUUGUUUCGGUCCUAUCACGUUAAAUAAGGGUGAUAACUUUACAUGCGUGUGCAGAGGAGAGGGAGGAACCGCUGCUGUUAAUGUGACAUGGUAUAAAGAAAACACACAGAUUACGGAGACGAAGAAAGAAGAACAAACAUUGGUGCUGGAAAAUGUUGGUGAAACUGACACGGGAAUAUAUAAAUGCGUAGCUCAGGAACACGAUCGAAAAGACGAGAAUUCACUUGAUGUGGCAGUUGUCCCCAUGACUUUGCCACUCAGAUUAAGAGGGCCAUUGAAAGAGCAAGGUAUUGGUCGUGUCGAAGUAUUCCUUUAUGGAAAGUGGGGAUCAGUGUGUGACCCCCAUUGGUGGUUCACAGACGAGUCUAAGGUUAUAUGCCGUCAACUUGGUUAUAUGGGCACUCCUAAAGAGCUUGCUUACGUUCCUCGCAGUUAUGGACCGAUGUUUAUCGUUGAAUGCGAUGGGACAGAACCAAACAUAACAAGCUGUUAUUACCACACCUAUAUCGAAGCUGGGGAUUGCACUCAUUUUGAGGAUGCUGGAGUACAUUGUGAACAUAAGGAGGUUAAAAAUAAAGCAGAUUCAGUUACACCUGAAUUGACACCUUCAUCCAGCUACACUACAAUCCUUAACGAAAAUGGAGUCGCUGCUACACACAGGAUCGAUACAACAACUGCUCUGAAUUAUAGUCCUUUAGGAUCAUACGUUGCAACCACGCCACACGAUCGUGGAGACGGUGGUUUCAGUAGUGAGUCCCUCCACAUGGAAAAGAAACAUACUGUAAUAAAACCUUCAAACGCCACUGUUUCAUAUAACUCUAUUUCAAAGACAAUUGCUGGAAAUAUCUAUCUCCAUAGCGAUAUUGCCAGUACAGAGAAGAUGCGUAACGUAACAGCUUUGAAUCUCAGUCCCACAGUGUCAAAUAAUAUGACUGUAAAGCAUCACCCUGGCAACACCUAUAAAGUUCAAGGCUCCGAAAGUUCAUCAUUUUUUAUAUACAGAUCUUCCAGGUCUGACCAGAGCAUUUCCAUAGACCGUUUUGAAAACAACCAAUUCAUAUCUAAGACCUUCAGCAUUCCAAAUACAUCAACUGGGCUCUAUAAAUCUACAGCAACCAACACCCUUAGAAAAAGUCAUUACGACACUAUAAUCCAAACACCCCACAAGACGCACACGACAACAGUUUUAAAACACAGCUCAAAUGUAGACCAUAAAAGUGCCAUAGGGAACUCUGAUGAUACCGACGAAUCUGCAAACUCAAUUGAGUGGUAUAUUAUAUUUGUGGCAAUCUUGGUUCCCGGAAUUGUCGUUGGAAUUCUCACGGCGAUCAUUAUCUAUUGUCGUCGUCGUCGUCGUGCAAUUUACGACAACCAGGAAGAGAUGAAUCUUACGGGAUUUAAAACAAAAAAAAGUGAAUUCGCAGCAGAUGCAGAAGACGAAAAUGAUCAACUGAUAUUUGGUUGAACAGUUUUCUUUGCGAUGUUUAAUAACGUCAAUUUAGUGUUUACUUGCUAUUUUUCCAGUAGGUUUACAGUAAAAUUUACAUGAACUCGUGUUAUUGCUUUUCUUUAACUCAAUU